UCUGACUCUGCCUCCCUGUCUGCCUGCCUGUGACAUGCACUGUCCCUGGGCCAGUCAGCAGUGGCCCCCAGCAGGAACAGCCAUGAAGACGCUGGUUGCUGCACUGGUUCUGAUCGCUGCAGUCCAGGCAGAGAGGAAGGAAAAGGUGCUGUCUGGUGGACCCUGCGAGCGGAUGUCUCACCCCUACCAAGCUGCCCUCUACAACUCAGGCCACUUGCUCUGCGGUGGGGUCCUCAUUCACCCCUCAUGGGUCCUCACAGCUGCCCACUGCAAAAAACCGAAUCUUCAGGUCUACCUGGGGAAGCACAACAUUUAUGAAAGAGAGAGUUUCCAGGAGGAGAGCUCUGUUAUCCAGACUGUGACCCACCCUGGCUACAAUGCUGCCACUCAUGACCAGGACAUCAUGCUGUUACGCCUGAAGCGCCCAGCCAGUCUCUCUGAACGCAUCCGGCCCCUGACCCUGGAGAGAGACUGCUCGGCCAACCGCACCAACUGCCACAUCCUAGGCUGGGGCAAGACAGCAAAUGGUGUUUUCCCGAACACUAUCCAGUGUGCAGAUGUCCACCUGGUACCUCGUGAGGUGUGUGAGCGCGCCUACCCUGGCCAGAUCACCCCGAACAUGGUGUGUGCCGGCGACGAGAAGUAUGGGGAGGAUUCCUGCCAGGGUGAUUCCGGGGGCCCACUGGUGUGUGGAGGCCGCCUCCGAGGACUUAUAUCAUGGGGCAACGUCCCCUGUGGAUCUAAGGAGAAGCCAGGGGUCUACACCAACGUCUGUAGAUACUACCAGUGGAUCCGAAAAACCAUUCAGGCCAACUAA